CACCUGUGUGUUGUGCUCAUCCUAGCAUCCAGGAUGCUUCGACAAAAGGGUAGAGAGUUUGAGGUCAGCCUGAGCUGUAGCAUAGACAUGUCUCAAAAAAGAAAAGCAAUACCUUGUGCAUAGUGAGUGUCAGUAGUAGCCAUUGCUGAGCUAGACUAGAUUUGUCCCAUUGACUCAGAGCACUUGUUGCAAGGCUAAUUUACAUGUCUGCUGUGUUAUUGCGGGGUCAGCAGGACACAACAUGUCAGAUGCUUGUUUUCUGCGCCAGGUGCAUGGGCAGAAAGUAGAAAAGACUAUCUCAUACUUUUGAAUCUGGAUUUUUUAAAUUUUUUUAUUUUCUAGAUUUGAUUCACUUCUGAGGGAAACAAAACAAAAGUGGUCAAUAGCAGCUCAAUGGACCCAGCCCUGAAAAGCAGUGAAUUUGUGAGCAGAGUAUGGGUCCAGUGUGAGAAUGAAAGCUGCUUGAAGUGGAGGUUGCUGUCUCCAGAGGCUGCGGCCAAGGUGGAACACAGCGAGCCGUGGUAUUGCUUCAUGAAUGCUGACUCCAGCCACAACAGCUGCUCGGUGUCUGAGGAGGCUUUUCCUGCAGAGUCUCAGUUCCUUGAAAGUGGGUAUAAGAUUGUCUAUUCCCAGCUUCCUCUGGGAAGCCUGGUUUUGGUGGAAUUACAGAAUUGGCCAAGUUGGCCAGGGAUACUUUGUCCUGAUCCUUUCAAAGGGAAAUAUGUGACUUAUGACCAGGAUGGAAAUGUUGAAAAGUAUCACAUAGAAUUUCUGGGUGACCCCCACUCAAGAGCAUGGAUAAAUGCAAAAUUUGUUGGACAUUAUAGUCUCUCACUAAAGACAGCAGAAUGCACCAGUAAGAAGAGGUGGUACAGAAGUGCUCUUGAGGAGGCGGACCAACUCUCCAGGAAUUCUCCUGAACAAAGACUAGAAGUGUGCUACCUGUCAAAUCGGGAUAGAACCAAAGCAGGUGCCAGAGCUGCUGUGGGGGCCAAGAAAAGGAUGCAAGUUUCCAAAAAUAAUACUGAAAAGAAAAAACCCAAGGUCAGAAAGAGGAAAAGGAAUGCUGCUUUAAAAUGUUCUGUUGAAAAUGUGUGUUCUGAUGAAGCCUUGUCAAAGGAAAACAUGGUUGUCUCUGAGACAGAAGGUUUACUGAAAGAACUGGAGCAGAUGCUGCAGCAAGUACAGGAGCCCCCAGCAAGAGACGACAAAGCAGGGCAAGGGCAGUUGUCUCAGUGCAGCCCGGAAACUCCCACAGGCAGUCCAUUUCAGAGCUACCAUGAAGAGGACUGUUUUGUGACUGAUGGGACAGGACUAAAAGCUGAAGAAUGUAUUGAGCAUAUAACUAACAAUUUUAAAAAGAUAGAUGCCCUAAUAUCUGAAUUUUAGGGUAUUAUUCAAGUAUUUCCAAAAACUAAUUAUAAAAACACUAACAAACUUUAUAUUUUCCUGUUGAACAUUUAAAAAUGUUUAGUGAAAUAAGCAUACAAAAUUAACAUUUGUUGUAAAUUUAUACUUUGUGAAUAUCCAUAGCUUUGGAGCCUAUCAAGUGACAUUUAAGUUAGAAUUUUAGGGCUUAAAAAAUCCUGAUGUUUGUAUUUAUGGUCUUUUUUGUUUGCUUUGAUUUUAGAAUUAUUUAUGAAACUUAUAAACAGGUGCUGUACGAUAAGUAUUCAGGCCCUUCUUCAAAUGUGACUAUUAAAAUGGUUGCCUGUUCUGUUAUCUACCAGUCUCAGAGAGAACUCAAAUGUAACACAUGUAGAAAGUGUUUUUGUAGUUGUCUGGAAUGUUUUAAUUUAUAAGGAAAUAUUUAAAAUGUAGUUAUAUAAUAAAGUUUGAGAAUAAAAGACAAAAUGUCAGUUGUCUCGUUGUACUGCAAACAGGUAUUGUUAUUCAACAUGGUUC